GGGCGGGUGGGUGGGUGGGUGUGGGCGGCCUGACGUGGGCGCGGGGCGGCCCGUGGGCCGGCGCCGCCGUGAUUUGCUGCGCGGCGCGGCGAGCGGCGGCGGCGGCGAUGAGAGCGGGCAGUGCGAACUGCCGGAGCAGCCGCCGGCCGCCUCGGCACACAAAGCUAGUCCCAGAUUUGAGCGACGGCGAGGCACCCUGAUGAGUGAGCCUCGGGAGCGCCAUGGAUUUGACUAAGAUGGGCAUGAUCCAGCUGCAGAACCCCUGCCACCCCACCGGGCUGCUGCACAAGGCCAACCAGAUGCGCCUGGCGGGGACGCUGUGCGACGUGGUCAUCAUGGUGGACAGCCAGGAGUUCCACGCGCACCGGACGGUGCUGGCUUGCACCAGCAAGAUGUUCGAGAUCCUCUUCCACCGCAACAGCCAGCAUUACACCCUGGACUUCCUCUCGCCAAAGACCUUCCAGCAGAUCCUGGAGUACGCCUACACCGCCACCCUGCAGGCCAAGGUCGAAGACUUGGACGACCUGCUCUACGCUGCCGAGAUCCUGGAAAUCGAGUACCUGGAGGAGCAGUGCCUGAAGAUCCUGGAGACCAUCCAGGCCUCCGAAGACAACGACGCCGAGGUCACCAUGGCUGACGGAGGUGCCGCCACCGCCACCGAGGAAGAGGAGGAGAGGAAGUCAAGGUACAUCAAGGGCCUCUUCAUCUCCAAGCCCGCUGGCGAGGAGAGCGGGUAUGCCAGCGUGGCCGGCCAGAGCUUGCCAGCAGCCACAGCAGAGCAGAGCCCCUCCGCCUCCUCUUCCUUCGGCCCCCUCUCCGCCAUGAGCCCCACCAAGGCGGCGGUGGACAGCCUGAUGACCAUCGGGCAGUCGCUGCUGCAGGGCGCCCUGCCGCCCGCCGCCCCUGAGGACUCGCGCCCCGCCACCCGCCGCCCCCCCGGCCUCGCCGAGGUGAAAACCGAAGCGAUGCAGGUGGACGACGCCUCCAGCCGUGACAGCCCGCGGGCGGCCGAGCCCGGCGCCUCCAGUGGGGAGAAACCCGAGGAGAAGGGCAAGGAAGGGCCCGGCACCCCGACCCGCGGCAGCGUCAUCACCAGCGCCCGUGAACUGCACUACGGCCGCGAGGAGGGCGCCGAGCCCCUGCCCGAGCCCGGCCAGGGGCUGCCGCUGGGGCCGGAGCCGUCCGUCGCCGCCGGCCAGGAUGGGAAACCCCUGGGCAUCUACUCCCUGCUGCCGAACCACAAGACUGAGCCGGUGCUCGGCGUGCCGCCCGCUGUGGCGUCCGCCCUGCACGUGCAGCCGGCCCUGGCCGUCUCCAUGGACUUCAGCGCCUACGGGGGGCUGCUGCCCCAGGGCUUCAUCCAGCGGGAGCUGUUCAGCAAGCUGGGGGAGCUGGCGGCCGGCAUGAAGACGGAGAGCAGAGCCCUGGGCGAGCAGUGCAGCGUGUGCGGGGCAGAGCUGCCGGACAAUGAGACCCUCGAGCAGCACCGGAAGCUGCACAGCGGGAUGAAGACGUACGGAUGCGAGCUGUGCGGGAAGCGGUUCCUGGACAGUUUGCGGCUGCGAAUGCACUUACUGGCUCACUCAGCGGGCGCCAAGGCCCUGGUCUGCGAUCAGUGCGGCGCCCAGUUCUCGAAGGAAGACGCCCUGGAGACGCACAGGCAGACGCACACCGGUACAGACAUGGCCGUUUUCUGCCUGCUCUGCGGGAAGCGGUUCCAGACGCAGAGCGCGCUGCAGCAGCACAUGGAGGUGCACGCCGGGGUGCGCAGCUACAUCUGCAGCGAGUGCAACCGCACCUUCCCCAGCCACACCGCGCUCAAGAGGCACCUCCGCUCCCACACAGGCGACCACCCCUACGAGUGCGAGUUCUGCGGCAGCUGCUUCCGCGACGAGAGCACGCUGAAGGGCCACAAGCGCAUCCACACCGGCGAGAAGCCCUACGAGUGCAACGGCUGCGGCAAGAAGUUCAGCCUCAAGCACCAGCUGGAGACCCACUACCGGGUCCACACAGGCGAGAAGCCCUUCGAGUGCAAGCUGUGCCACCAGCGCUCCCGGGACUACUCGGCCAUGAUCAAACACCUUCGGACCCACAACGGCGCUUCCCCCUACCAGUGCACCAUUUGCCUGGAGUACUGCCCCAGCCUCUCCGCCAUGCAGAAGCACAUGAAGGGCCACAAGCCGGAGGAGAUCCCCACCGACUGGCGGAUAGAGAAGACCUAUCUCUACCUCUGCUACGUCUGAGGGCGGCGGCGCAGGGGCGGCGGGGCCGCGGGGCGGAGGACUGGGCAAAAAAAAUACCACCAAACCCGCAGCGUCCACGGCCUUGUUUGUUUUCGGGUCUCGCUCCUCGCCGGACGCAGGCUGCGGCUCGCGCCGGGGCCGGGGGACGCGCCAGCCCCUUCCCCAGCCCCAUCCGCUCCCCCCUUGCAGCCCCCGGGGGUCGGCUCCCGGCCCCUCCAUCACCCCCGGGGCCAGGAAGACGGCGCGGGAAGGACGCGCUUCCCCGAAGGCGCGCGUGCAGCCGGUGCUUUGGGAAGGCUUUAAUUUCUGGUUCGCUCUGCCCCCACAGAGCCCCCACCGCGGAUGCCCCGAGCUCGGCCCCCGUUUCGGGAGGGCCCCCGCGCUGCGGGACGAGAGCAUCCCCGGGGGGACCCGGCCGCAGGAGGGUGUUUGGGGCAGGGACCCGGGUGCCAGCCGGGGUCUGGGGGGCGCGAGGGGCGCCGGGGGGCUGCCGCCCUCCCCCUGACCAAAGACCUCUCUAUGCAUUGCCCCUUCCUCCCUUCCCCGCCGUCCCGGGGGGAUGUGGCCGCUCUGGUGACGCGCGGUGGAUGCCGGUGGCGGUGUGGGUGCCGCCGGUGCGCGGCAUCGCUCCGAGGGGGGGAUCCCCUUUGUUGUGCUGGUUUGGGGCGCCUGGAAGGUGCCGAGCGUGGUUUUUUGCCCAGCCCUCAGCUGCAGGAGCCCGCGCGUGAGGGGCGCCGGGUGGCCGGCGGCUUCGCUCGCCGCUUUUUUUUGGUAUAUUUUGCUUUUCGUUCAGUGUUUUGGGUUGGUUUUUUUUUUUUUUUUUGGACUUUCUUUUGGAAUAUUUCCGCGUUUAGCACAUUUUACUUGAAAUUACCUCGUUUUUUUGUGACCUCAUGAGCUUUUAUUGAUUUUGGGGGGGACGGGGGGCGGCGUGGCCGGGAAGGCGCGUGCCCGGCGCUGGCGGUGGAGGGGCGGCGCAGCGUUGGCGUCCCUGCCGGCCUCCCGUUGUGCAUUAUCCUUACCAAAACUGGUAUUUUUGCCCGGCCCCAUGGGGCCAGGGGCGCCGGUUCUUGAAGCUACCUCUUGUGUUCGUUUUUGUUGUGUUUCUCCUUUGCGGUUGCGGCAGCGAGCUCGGCGGUCUCCAUCCAGCGUGACGCUCGCCGCUGUUUUUUUUGGUCGUUUUGCUGCAUUUGGGUGAAAAAGCGGGGAAAAGAGUCCGCGGGGGGAGCGGGAGGGUGUCGGGAUGCGGUUUGGAGGGCGCCGAUGGCCCCUCUUGCUGGGGGGUGCCUGUCCUGCCUCUCCCGGCGCCGUGCAGGGAUGCGGGUGCAGCAUCCUGCGUCCCUCGCGCCCCGGUCCGGCUUUGCGCACGCGCGUGCCCCAGCCCGCGGGGCCUUGGCCAGGCCGCUGUUGUACAAUCUGGGAUGUGACUGUGGAGAACGGCUUGUUUAAUUGUUGUGCCUAAGAAAAAAAAAAAAAAAAAAAAAGAAAAAAAAAAGAGAGAGAGAGAAAAAAACAAUAUUAAAGAGACCCAGUUCUUUCACACGGAAAGUUGCUGCAAUUUCUGGCGCGUGCACCGGCGCUGCCGGCCGCGGGUGCCGCGGUGCCGCAUGUGGCUUUUUUUGCUUUAACCUCCCCUCCCGCCCCGUCCCGUCCCCUCCUUCCCUCCCUCAGUGCCGCAGCCUCCCGGCUGGACGGCGUCGGGAUGGGUGCCGGAGCGACGCCGCGGUGCCCCGGGCGCGCGUCCCCGCACGGGUCUGCCGUGGCGCGGCCCCCGCCGCCCCUCCAUAUAUAUAUAAGUAUAUAUAUGUGUAUCAUAGCAGUGAGGACCAAGCGCCCCGCGGGGGCCCCCCUCUCCCCUGGCUUGUGUCGGUGUCGUGCGCGCCCGCCUGCCCGUCCCGUCGCUCUGUGUUGCCGCUCGUGGUUGGGGUCCGUCGCUGCCCUCCUUCCGUCUACCUCAGCACCCGCCGAGCCCCGGCGCGGGGGGUGCCCCACUCCCCCUUCGGUUUUUCUCAGAGUAUCUAUCGGCUCCUAUUUUUUGUACGACUUUCUCCCUCUCCCCUCGUCGUUCGCUCCCGUGCGGUUCUGCUUGCGAGUCCUCUCUGUCCUCUAGCCACAGAUGCCGUUAGCUAAAAGUUUCCUGAAAAAUAAAGAAAAAAAAAAAAACAAAAAAAAAACAAAAACACAAAAAAAAAAGAAAACCCAGUUGUGGUGUCUCCUAGUUGCAGCUCUCCGCAUCUGCCUUCGUCCUGUGUAGAUUCAGAUUCUUUGUAAGACUUCAGUGUUUCUGACAGAGGAAAAAAAAAAAAAAAAAGACAAAAAAAAGAAGAAGAAGAAUA